AUGGGAAACUCUAAUGAGCCGGCGGCGGGGAAGGGGUGGACGUUGGCGCAGUUGUUCGAGGAGUCGGAGGUCUGGCGCGACGUGUGUGCCACGAUUGUGGGUAGUCACGAGCCGUCCUCGCCCGGAGGCGCGUCGCCCGGAGGCGCGUCGCCCGGAGGCGCGUCGCCCGGAGACGGUUGGUUGCUAGCUUCUUCGCCACUGGCAUCAUCGCCGCUUGCAUCGACGCAGCGUCGACGUUUCAAGUUGCACCAGGUCCAAGCGGAGGAGUGGUCUUACCUUUGGCGCAGUGUGCAGUGGCCGCUGAUCCACAACGAGGCGGAGCUAGACAUAUACCGGAGUGUGAUCCUGGGUCAGUUUGUAGAAGCCGUCACCGGGACCUCCACCCCCACCCCCGCCGGGGCGGAUGCCGUGCGCGGGACGGAAGCCGUUCGUGUGGUGGGUGCAAUUUUGGCAUCGGCCUUCAAUGCUCCGCGGGACGUGGUGCAGGUCUUAUGCGAGGCGCAACUGUUGGCGCAGCUGUUGCCGCGCUUCUAUGCGAGACACGGCACGGCCGAACGGGUCCAUGCUUCGCUCAACCCCUCCUUCGGUAUCGACAAGGCCGCGAUGCAGUACGUCGUUGUGGGCAAGCCCAACGAGGUCCUCCACGUCCAACUUCUCCUCCCUACUUAUCAACUCCGCGUGCCCGACACCUGGGCCGAUGAACUUACACUCAACGACGUCCUCACUGAAACCAAACCGCCGGAGGACAACCGUCUGCCGCCGACGCUGAACGCAGACGGCGACGACCUGAUUGGUUCCCACACCCGCCACACUGAUCCUCACCUGACCAACUCCCAGAAGGCUUACCCAAUGUCCAGGGCCACACUGGAACCACCCGGCGACCUGUUGACAGCGGAAGGGCUGGCGGUACAGGCGCUGGCAACGAAGGACUGCAGCGUGGAUCAGUUGCUUUACAAGUACUUGGUCGCGCGCGACGGCGCCGUGGCCGAUUUGGACCUGGCCGAUACGGUGGUGCAAGUGGCCGUGGGCUGUACGGCCGGUGUCGAGGAGGCGGUCGAGGAGGCAGCCGAGGAGGCGGCCGAGGAGACGAGUGCCGGGAACAAACGGCGGGUCGUGGAGCACGUGCACGCGGCCAUCGUCUCGGAAGUUAGCAUCGGCUACAUGCUCACAACGACAGCCACACGGCUGCCGAAACACCUGACUAGUCCCCAGCGCCGAACCAAGGCCGCGGGCGACCUGAAGAGAGCCGUACACACCGUGCUGGAGUUCUACAACAAGAACACGGUACUGCCGGGGAAGGCCGCGGUCCUGCCCGGGGCUAACCCGUCGGGGGCUGGUCAGUUAAGAUCCGGUCAGUUGGGCACCGGUCAAUUGGGGAUGAAUUUGCCGGACACGUUUUACUGGCUGGAGGCGGGUACGUUUGUGACUUUGGAGGCGGCGGGAGAAGUGUUGGCGGCGAACGUGGACAACACGCACGUGAUGAAGCCGGCGAUGUCGUUGGUGGUGUAUCCGGUGGCGCACGCAGCGCUGCGUGUGCAUGAACUGCGAAUUUUGAGACACGUUAUUCAUUACAUCAAGUCGUUGACUAUGCAGCUGUACGAGAGCGCGCAGGUCAUCCAGGCCGUGUCGGAACGCCUCAAGGGCGAGAGGGCUGUGGUCUGCGCGCUCAAGAGCCUGAUCGAGUUGUACGUCCUCAUAACCAAGGAAACCCGCGUUCGAUUCCGAGCGGCCGAACUCCUGCAAUCUUUCGUGCUCCUCGAGCAGUUCUGCCGAGACCUGACCACCACCUACCCCUACCCUGUUGACUUGGCCUCCAAGGACAGGACCUUCCACGACGUACUGCGGGACGGCUUCGUACUCACCAUCAGGGCCUACCAAAGCGAUCUCCGGCCACCCAAGCUAAUCAUGCUAGCCAAACAUCACCCUCUACUCUCUCUGACCCACCUAUUCACCCACAGAUCCUUCCCCAAAGGCAUCCUUUGUCUCCUACUCUACCUGACCACGUACCAUCCGCAGCACCCAAACUCUGACUCUAGGGUACGAACAAGGAACUGGGAAGGUAGUCCGAAAGGCGAGAGUCCCAAAGGCGAGAGUCCCAAGGGCGAGAGUCCCAAAGGCGAGAGUACCAAGGGCGUGAGUACCAAGGGCGAGAGUACCAAGGGCGAGACGGAUAACUCAGGGCCGGAACUCGGCGAGAUUGCCGUAGACGACGACAAGGGCAUCAACAUAGAGAUUGGCGUACUAGACCAGUGCCUUACGCAUUUGAUCUCCAAGUUGGAAAUCCUGCAGAACACCCGCCAACUCCGUGAUUCCGAGCUUGGCAAUGCUUCUUCAGAGCGGCUCAGCACGGGGUCCACGCUCGUGUUCCUCUUGGACUCGAUAAUCCAACUACUCAAUAUACGCAAUAGCAAUGAAACCGCUCCAAGUUUAUUUUCCAGAUCUGGCUCUGUGCCAUGGGCUAGUCAUGAGCGGUCUCUGGGCGAAAGUCUAGUUGUCAUAGUGCUCAAGUGGUUCCAGCUCAGUUACCACCGCGGUGCCCUUCAUAUUGCCGUCCGCAUCUCCGCGCUCGUCGUCCUCGUAAGACCGCAUCUCCUUCACCAACAAAUUUCCAACGAAGUUCUGGACAUGGUUACUGCCUGGUUCAAAAUAAGUCACGGCAGAAUACAGAGGUGUCUGAGCACGCAACCGGACUCAAUUCAACAUGCUGUAAUGACUGCUAACAAACUGAUUGAUCAUCAAUCUAUGGAAGGCGAAGGAAUCGUGGAUGGCAAAGGGACGGAGGCCCAAGGGACAGAGGAAAGCGGGGGGGUGCAGGAAGAGGGAGGAAUGGUUGAAGGCGAUCAGAGAGCUGAUCUGAUUUUCAGUGAAUCAGUAGGUGCCCAGGCGACUAUGCCCUUGUCGGACUCGGCAUUAGCGCAAAGCGCUACGAAAAAAUUGGAACGGAGAGCCAUGUCGGCAGGCACCGAUGAGCGACUACCAAUUCUACUGUUGGCAGGAGAGUGCUUGGGUGAAUUUCUGCUCUGCUUCUUGCAUCCCAAGGUGGUUACCAAGAACCAAUAUUUACUGAGAAAGCCGCUAAACGAUAUUAUUCCCAAUUCCAUCGACUGUCACCUACCGGGGGGUCAGCAAUACCUCGCUAUACAAAACACACUGCAGAAAAAUCUUACCUUACUGGAACGGUUUGAUUCCCAGCUGGUGGUCACCAAUGAGAAAAAGCGCGCAAGCUUUGACAAAAGGCGCGAGCUGGAUACAUGGUUAGAUCUUUGGAACCAAAAAGCCGUUUUCCAACAAGUACGACCCAACACCGCCCCGUAG